GAAAAGAACACCGAAAGAUGUCAAUAAUAGCUAUUACAGUCAUUUUCUCUCUGGCUGCUCCAACUUUACAAGUUAGUUGGCCUCAAGGGACGUAUACCCUGGUAAAACCAAAAUCUGGAUGUCCCACGGGCUGGCUGGAGGGGUGGAGACUCCAGGACAAUGAGGACAGUCGCAAUAGAAAUUUCAUCACACCAGGGCACCAUUUUGAAGGGAGGUUUGAUAAAAAUAUGCGAUUUUACUAUUGUACCCGGAAUCCGAACCAAUUCAGCAACAGGCAAUAUUGGCCCAACGGAAACUUCUGCAUCCUGAAACAUGGGCCUUCGUGUCCAAGAA